UAACUAUGACAUUGCGUUGGCUACACUGAGAAACACUGAACGUACUCUCAAGAAGGAUCUACAUUGGGCGGAAACCUAUGACAAUCAGAUGAAAGACAUGGUGGAGCGUAACGUUGCACGCAAGUUGACAAAAGAGGAGCUUCAACAGUGGUCUGGUCCAGUGUAUUACAUUUCACAUCUGGCGGUGCUAAAUCCCAAGUCCAACUCAACACCUGUCCGUAUUGUGUUCAAUUCAAGCCAAGUCUGUCACGGAAGGUCUCUUAAUUCAUGUCUAGCUAAAGGACCUGACUGCUACUUGAACAAUCUUCUUGGAAUAUUGUUGCGUUGGAGGGAAGGACACACAGCUCUUGUAGGAGAUAUUAGGGUUAGGGUUAGUUAUUAGAUGUUCAACUCCAUUCAUCUGGACCAUCUAGAACAACACUGUCAUCGUUUCUUGUGGCGGGACUUAAACUCUGAUCGAGAUCCAGAUGUAUAUGUGAUGACACGUGUCAMCAUGGGAGACACCCCUGCACCGGCGAUAAGCACAGAAGCCGUGUACAAAACAGCUGAACUUUUCCAGAAAGAUAGUCCACGAGCAGCCGAUCUACUUAAGAAGUCCACUUACGUUGAUGACCUGAUUGACUCCUGUUUAAAUAAAGCUGAAGCUGUUAACCUCGCUCGAGAAGUGGAAACAAUGCUAAAGAAAGGCGGUUUUAAAGUGAAAUGUUGGCAACUGAGUGGUGAACCUACCCCCCGCAUUGGUAAAUUACAGCUUACUGAAACCRAAUCUACCAAGUCUGARGACACKGAGGAAAACACAGCGYCUCAAGACAAGCAUAAGAUGUUAAAAGGCACAGAUGAGAAUGUGAAAGUCCUCGGCAUAGGCUGGGAACCACAGUCUGACGUUCUGGUUUAUGAAGUUACACUKAACUUUAGCAAGAAGAGAAAGGGGGUUCGGUCUGAACCAAACUUGACUGAAUCAGAUCUACCUAAAGCUAUUCCUGUCAUMCUUACACGUAGRAUAGUGUUAGCKCAGCUGAUGGCAUUGUACGAUCCGCUGGGAUUGGUUUGUCCCUUUACCUUAAUUGGUAAGCUGUACCUGAGAGAAACAUGGUCAAGGAGGCUUGRAUGGGACGACCCACUGCCUGAUGACCUACAURCAAAGUGGAAACAGUUCUUUACUACCUUAUUCCAACUUGAGCGUCUCAAGCUGCCUAGAUGUCUGAAGCCUGAAGAUGCUACUGGUAAUCCCUGGCUAGUACUCUUAAGUGAUGGAAGCGACCUUGCUUAUGGCUUUGCUGCUUACAUCAGAUGGCAGUUGCUCAGCGGCGGUCACUGGUGCAGACUUAUCAUGGCCAAGUGUCGCAUUGCACCAGUUAACAAGUUGUCAACCCCACAAAUGGAGUUGAAUGCUGCAGUGCUCUCGAAGAGAGGCAGGAAGAUCAUCGAGAAGGAGAUGAGAUUUAGCUUUGAAAGAGUCUUGCAGAUAGUUGAUUCUGAGACAGUCUUGAACAUGAUUAACAAAACAAGCACNAUAAUUCUUUGCUGA